UCACCAAGAUAGAGAGCCUGCGCGAGAAGAUCCAGGAGACCUUCCGCGUCAGCCCCGACCGCCAGCGCCUCUUCUACCGGGGCAAGCAGUCUCCCAGGUGGAUCCAUGGAAAGAUAAGAGAUUUAGCACUGACAGUCAACCAGUGAACCUUGUUUUAUGACCUGCAAAGGACUGUUUAAAUAAGGACAAAAAACAUUUCUGCAAGCAGGAUGGACUGGAUCAAGUGACUUCAUGGACUGUUAGUUGCAGAAUACAAUAUUAUACUAUCAAGUCAGUGACACUUAUUCAGCAAGUUUCCCUUAAUUACUUUGUAAAAGAAAGGCUUGGCCUGCUACAUCAUCCUUCCUGAUUAACUUUAAUGAAGACUUGGGGCUAUUGGGAGGGCAAGUGUGAAAGUAUCUUGUAUUUGUAAUGGCAGUGGCUUAUUCCAUACUGGAGAUAUUUCUAGCUGGAGCAACACUGAAGUAAGCAUCCUGAAGACAGAGAUGGAAGGCUAUCCACAAAAGAAGAGAAAGUCUAGUUGUGACUAACAUCAUCUUCAGCUUUAACUUGAAAAUGAUGAUUCUGAGUUUCCUUAACACUAGCUGGAAGAUGGACAUACUUUGUUUGAUUACAAUGUUGGACUGAAUGAUAUAGUUCAGCUUUUGAUACGUACUGAGUCUGAUGCUCCCACCACCACUUCUAUGACUAAUAAUGAUGGAGAAGGCAAUCCAUGUGCUGUUUCCAACUGUAAAAACAAAGUCAAGAAAACAACAAGUGGUGGAUCUCCCAAUCAGCCAUCUACUUCUGCUCGCUCAUUUCUUAUUGACCCUGGCAUUGGAUUGUACAAGAUAAAUGAAUUGGUGGAUGCCCGUGAUGUCAGCAUUGGAGCCUGGUUUGAAGCUCACAUAGAAAAUGUUACCCGAGCAAAAAAGGGACAUAAGAAUGGUAAAGCUCAAGCAAAGAGUGGCAAUUCUUACAAAAGGACUAAUGGAAACUUAAGUCAAGAUCAUUCUAGAGAAAGUACAAAUAAUUUGGACAGUACACCUUCCACAUCUUAUUCAGACUGUAUGGACACUGAUGAAGAAGUUAUUUAUCAUAUCAAGUAUGAUGAGUACCCAGAGAAUGGUAUAGUAGAAAUGCAUGCCAGUAAUCUUCGACCACGAGCAAGAACCAUUCUGAAGUGGAGCGAACUAAAAGUGGGUGAUACGAUGAUGGUUAACUACAAUGUAGAGACUCCAGAAGAGAGAGGAUUUUGGUUUGAUGCAGAAAUUACCUCUUUGAGGGAAAUCUCAAGGACUAACAAAGAAGUUCACGCCAAAAUUCUUUUGGGAGGCCCAGAUGAUAUAAUAAAUGAUUGCAAAAUCCUUUUUAUAGAGGAAAUGUACAAGAUUGAAAAACCAGGAGCUUAUCCGCUGACAUUUGGGGAUGGAGAUUUCAAAAGGAAGAGUGGCCCCGAGUGCAAGCACUGCAGGGCAGAUCCAGAUAAGGAAUGCCGUUUUUGCUCCUGUUAUCUGUGUGGUGGAAAACAGGAUGCUCACAUGCAACUUCUGUGUGAUGAAUGUAAUAUGGCUUAUCAUAUAUACUGCCUGAAUCCACCUUUAAGCAAAAUACCAGAAGAUGAGGACUGGUAUUGUCCUUCCUGCAAAAAUGAUUCUAAUGAAGUUGUAAAGGCUGGGGAAAAACUCAAACAGAGUAAAAAGAAAGCAAAGAUGCCAUCUGCCAGUACUGAGAGCCAGAGAGACUGGGGCAAGGGUAUGGCCUGUGUUGGGCGCACCAAGGAAUGCACUAUUGUUCCUUCUAAUCACUAUGGACCUAUACCUGGUGUUCCUGUUGGAACAACCUGGAAAUUCAGAGUUCAGGUGAGUGAAGCAGGCGUUCACAGGCCUCAUGUUGGUGGAAUCCAUGGGCGCAGUAAUGAUGGAGCUUACUCCCUUGUGCUGGCUGGAGGAUUUGAAGAUGAAGUGGACAGAGGCGAUGAGUUUACUUACACUGGAAGUGGUGGUAGAGAUCUUUCUGGUAAUAAAAGGAUUGGAGAACAUUCAUUUGAUCAAACAUUAACACACAUGAACAGGGCACUGGCCCUUAAUUGUGAUGCCCCAUUGGAUGACAAAAAUGGAGCAGAGUCUAAAAAUUGGAGAGCUGGGAAGCCUGUUAGAGUGGUGCGCAGUUCAAAAGGACGAAGGAUCAGCAAGUAUGCCCCAGAGGAGGGCAACAGAUAUGAUGGCAUUUACAAGGUGGUGAAAUACUGGCCAGAAAUUGGAAAAUGUGGAUUCUUAGUUUGGCGCUAUCUUCUGAGAAGAGAUGAUCUGGAACCUGCACCUUGGACCUCAGAAGGAAUAGAACGGUCAAAGAAACUGGGUCUGAGUGUACAGUAUCCAGAAGGUUAUCUGGAAGCCAUGGCAAGUAAAGAGAAGAAAGAUAAGGUUAAGAAACAAACUGUGAAACAGGAGCCAACUAGACAGAGCAAUGGAAACCAGAAGAGGACAAUUGAUGAUGCAGGGAUAGAAGAGUCUACAAAUGCAUCCAAAGCCAUGAGAAUGGGGGACGGAGGAAAAGGAGAAGCUUUUCAGAUAACCCAGCAACAACAGUGGCUGAUUAGAGAAGACUGUAUGAACCAGAAAUUGUGGGAUGAAGUGCUUGCUUCUCUUAAAGAAGGACCAAAUUUUCUGAAGAAACUGGAACAAUCCUUUAUGUGUGUCUGCUGCCAGGAGCUGGUUUACCAGCCAGUGACAACAGAGUGCCUCCACAACGUCUGUAAAAGCUGUUUACAGCGCUCGUUCCGAGCUGAAGUUUUCACCUGCCCAGCCUGCCGCUACGACCUUGGAAAGGGCUAUACUAUGGUUCCCAACAAGAUCCUGCAGACACUACUCGACCAGUUCUUCCCUGGUUACAGCAAAGGACGAUGAUAUGUUCAGCUCCUACCAUACUUCUCCCAGUGACUUUAUAGACAGUAAAGGAGAAUAAACAUGGGAAAUGCAACAGUGGACCAGCCAGCUUGAUGGGACUCAAUAUAGUGUCAUAUUUUGAAGCAGCUAACCCUCUUCCCCAUAGAGCCAUCUUUUUGUGUAGUGAGAACUCCAAUUCUCAGCUGUCUUUUAACAUCAAAGGUAGUUUUGGCCAGUUAACAAUAGUUUCUAAAGUGAAAAAACAGAAGCCUCAGCUUUGACUGGUCAAUCCUAACUGAUACUUAAGUUAUGGUUUGUGCAUUGUAACUACCUCAGGACAGAGGAAAAUAAUUUGUGGGGAUUAAAACAGUUCAAUGAAGUUUUAGCUACACACUGCCUCCUGAAUAUUUAGUUGUGCCUGGUCCAUGUGGUUUGAUUUACAAAAAAAAAAAGCAGCACUUAAACCGGUUUGAUUAAAGAACAGCAAAUUCUGUGGUGUGCAUAAUCCUUUUUUGUCUUUUCUUCCAUUAUGCUGUAUUUUUUUUUUUUUUUUUUGCAAGAACAGGCUGAUUUUUAGUCUAUUUUUGUGAGCUUCAUUGUGCUUUUCCUUGUAUCUUAUGCAAGUUGACUACUAAUGACUAAUGAGAACAAUAUGAAUGCAUUGUUGCUACAUUAGUGUAAAGUGAUCUGUGUUUUUUGCACUUAAGGAGGGUAUUCAAGACACUCUAGUUGUGUAAAAAAAAAAAAAAUUCAUAUGAAACAAGCCACUUUUGUAUUAGUUAAAACUGUAUGCUUUUAGUAGGUCUUGUAUCAGUGGCAAUACAUCUACACAGCGUUGGAAGGCAGUGCUAGCUUGGAGAGGGUUCAAAUCGCUUCAUAUUGUGAUCUGAAAUUUUAUAUACAGUAUAUUCCCCCAAAUAUACCUUAUUAAAUAUUUUAUGAUUCAGAAAA